AUGGAGAGUGAUUCGCAUGAACUUGAGCCAAUUGAAGAGUAUGAGAAUGAGGAUUCUCUUGAAAUUAGUCAUGGUGCAACUGUUGAAGCAACCAUUGAGUUGGUUCAAGAUACUGCUAUUGAUGAGGAUCCAAAUGAAAAGAAUGUAUAUAAGAGAAAGCCUAGGAGAAAGACUUCUACUGUGUGGAAUCAUUUUGAGCAAGUUGAGAGUAAAGUUUGUUCAAUUACUGUAGACAAUGCCAAGGCAAAUGAUGUAGCAUUGAGGCACUUGAGAGAUGUUUUUAAUAUGAGAAAAUCGCUUGUUGUUGGGGGCAAGUUGUUUCAUGUGCGUUGUUGUGCACACAUAACUAAUUUGAUGGUUCAGGAUGGUCUUGGCGAGAUUGGAGAUAUUGUUGAUUGUGUGAGGGACAAAAUUAAAUUCUUGAUAGCAUCAGAGGGAAGGUUAAAGCAAUUUACUGAAACUGCAAAGAACUUGCAUUUGUCAUCUAAGAAGCUAUUUUUGGUCGUACCUACUCGUUGGAAUAGUACAUAUUUGAUGUUAUCAGCUGCAUAUGAGUUUAAGGAUGUAUUUUCUAUGUAUGGAUACAACGAUCAUCAAUUUAGUUGGGUGCCAUCGCAUGAAGAUUGGGAUAAAGUUAAAUCUGUCUGUGAACUUUUGGGGGUCUUCAACCGAGUAACCAAGAUUGUAUCUGGUAGUGACUAUCCAACAUCAAAUUUAUUCCUUCUUGAAAUUUGGCGAAUGAAAGAGGUUCUAAUUAAGAAAUGUGAUGAUGAAAAUGACUACAUCAAAUCUAUGACACAUCGAAUGAAAGCCAAGUUUGAUAAAUACUGGGGCGAAUGCAAAUUAUUGAUGGCAAUUGCGGCAAUUUUGGACCCAAGGUUUAAGUUGGUGUUCAUACGAUUUUGCUUUCUAAAGAUUUAUCAAGAGGAUGAAGCUACGAAGAAUAUUGAAUAUGUUCAAAGCAUUUUGAAAGAGAUAUAUGAUGUGUAUCUUCAUGAACAUAAUUUAAAUCUUAUGGAACAGGAUCUUGCAAGUCAAGUUCAAGAAAGCUCUUCAAGUAAUCAUUCAGUCUGUGCAGUUGAUGAUGAGGAGGGUGGUGUGGAAAUUUGGAAGUCAUUCCUCAAAAGUGCUGAAAUAGUGCUUCAACCUGUGAAAUCAGAAUUAGAAAUAUAUCUCGAGGAGGGUCUAUACAUACCUAACAAGAGCAUCGAAUUUAAUGCCUUGGAUUGGUGGAAAGCGAAUACUCUAAAGUAUAAUGUUUUGUUUAAAGUGGCCAAAGAUAUUUUGUCAACACCGAUUACUACUGUAACUUCAGAGUCUACAUUUAGUGCCGGAGGAAGGGUUAUUGAUCCACAUCGAGCAUCAUUAUCAACUGAGACAGUUCAGAAGUUAUUACUUGGGGCUGAUUGGGUCAAAUCAAUGUAUGGGCUUAAAAAGAAGUGUGAGUUGAAUUGUAUUCAGAUUUUAGAUUCAUUGGCAAUUGCUUAA